GGUUGACGCAAUAGCAAGUGCAAAAUUUUGCAUUGUUUUGCGGCUGCGAACUUGGGCGUCGUGCAAGCCCGACCUAGACCUCUGUACACUUGUGGCAACGUUGCCCUUGCAUGUUAUUAGGCCAUACUUAAGCGAUCUACAAUGCCCCGUGCCCUUUCACUUGCGCUGUUAGCCCCGCUGCUUUUACUUGCGGCGAGCGUCGGAACGGUUGAGGGAGCCCAGCGCCGGCAGCAACGCCGUCGUCGGCAGGUGGAGGUUGGAUCAGGGCCCACAUCGGAACAGAUAUGGGAUACGGGGCUCAUGGAGACAAAGCUCUCACACGUCAGCAUGCUGGAGAGAGGCCGGGAAUACUACGACGACACAACUGUACGGCGCUUUAAGGGCUUUGUCCUUGGCUACGUGACCCCCUGGAACCGCGGUGGAUAUAUGAAUGCCGUAACCUUCCGUCACAAGCUGGAUGCGGUGGCCCCCGUGUGGUUCCAAAUUAAGAUGCCGGAGGGUCAAGCUGCACCCACCAUCACCGGCACCCAUGAGAUCAACCAGACGUGGAUCUCUGAGCU